AUGGCGACAGCUUCAGGUGCGAAACUUGAGAUUCUUUUUUCGACGUUUCUGUCAGUUUUUGGCGGAAUGAAACUCAACUUUGCCAUCGCCACUUCGUUAAUGUUAUCCAAUAAUUGUCGCUGAUUUUCAUAUUUAUCUCUCUUGGAUUAAACGUACGGUGGAUGGUUGCCCAGGGUUCUUGGGGAAUCCCCGUGUUUCCGAUCUGGUUCCACCUUUUCACCCCCCAUGCGGCUGCGACAGCUGCUUAAGGGUUCUGAUUUUUUUCCAAUGCGACUGGGGGUGAUGAUUUGAUAAUCCUCUCUGUUGAGGAUAUGUUCCAUAGGCCAGAGAAUGCCUUCAACUUGUGACUUUGUGAUGUUUCCCUUUCUCUAGGUUUUCUCACCUAUUUCUUUCAGGAUCGUCCCUCCUAACUUUCGUUUUUAUUUGCUUUCAGUUGCAUUUAAAUCACGAGAGGACCAUCGGAAACAAUUGGAACUUGAGGAGGCUCGUAAGGCUGGGCUUGCUCCAGCUGAGGUUGAUGAAGAUGGAAAAGAGAUUAACCCUCAUAUCCCGCAGUAUAUGUCAUCGGCCCCUUGGUACCUUAAUGCUGAGAGACCAGUGAGUUUCACCUAAAGCGUUUGAAGAUUUUCUUCUCACAUGGUGCCGUCAUUAUUUAUUUACUGACGAUCGAUUUUCCUCUUAAUGUUUCCAGAGUUUAAAACAUCAAAGAAAAUGGAAAUCAGAUCCAAAUUACACGAAAUCGUGGUAUGACAGAGGUGCAAAAAUUUUUCAGGCUGAUCGAUACAGAAAGGGUGCUUGCGAAAAGUAAGUUGCUGCUCGUAUUUUAGAUGAUAUUUUUUUCCUCACUUUCCCAAUUUUAGCUUAAGAAUUCAUUUUGAACCUAGACGGCCUAUAAUGAACAUCAUCAGCUCUUUCUUCCCUCAUUUCACAGCGGUACACCUGAAUUUUUUUUAUUUAUUGAAAUAAGGGUAAUCAGUUUAUUUUUUCUCUCCCUUAUGUGCUGAACGCUAGUAUUUCUAGUACGUCCAGUACUUGCGCUAAAAAAGCAUGUUAGAUGACUUAUCUCUGCUAAGCUUUCCUGGGGGAGUUAUGUUUGAUUGUGACUAGUUUUAUUCGUACGUUAUUACAGUUGUGGGGCAAUGACACAUGACUUAAAAUCGUGCAUGGAGAGGCCACGAAAGACAGGAGCUAAAUGGACAAAUAAGCACAUUGCUCCUGACGAAAAGAUUGAAACUUUUGAGCUUGACUAUGAUGGGAAGCGUGAUCGUUGGAAUGGUUAUGAUCCAUCUGGUUAUGCUCAUGUAAUAGAGAGAUAUGAAGCAAGAGAUGAAGCUAGGAGAAAGUUUCUUAAGGAGGAACAGUUGAAAAAACUAGAGUCAAAGAACAUCAACAAAGAUGAUAAGAAUGAGGGUAGUGAAGGUGAUGAAGACGAAGACGAGGACGACGAUGAUCUCAGGGUGGACGAAGCGAAGGUUGAUGAGAGCAAACAGAUGGAUUUUGCCAAGGUUGAGAAGCGUGUACGCACUACAGGCGGUGGGAGCACCGGAACUGUCAGGUAGUCUAUUGGAUUCUUUGUUUUUUUUAUGUUCUUCGGCUCACUAGUCUUUGGAUAUUGGUACUCUGUACCUGCGUGCACUUAGAAUCAUGUUGUACCUUGGGAUUGUGGCUGAUUUACCUUCAUGUGCUUAUUCUUAACUGGAUAUUUUUUGCAGGAAUUUGCGUAUUCGAGAAGACACAGCGAAGUAUCUUCUGAAUUUGGACGUCAACUCUGCAUACUAUGACCCUAAAACUCGUUCAAUGAGAGAAGAUCCUCUCCCAGAUACGGAUCCGAAUGAGAAAUUCUACGUGGUAAGCAAUUGACACGACCUUCUGUAAUUUAAACAAGAUAAAAUGAGAAGGCUUUCUGAUAUUGCGAUGACUCUAUUUCAUGUGGCAUCAUGCUUGAUAAUCUUUUAGUUGCUUAUCUAGGCUUUUGAUGUUCUCUAGGGUGAUAAUCAACACAGAACUAGCGGACAAGCAUUGGACUUUAAACAGCUCAACAUACAUGCCUGGGAAGCUUUUGAGAAAGGACAGGAUAUUCACAUGCAGGCUGCUCCCUCACAAGCUGAACUUCUAUUCAAAAAUUAUAAAGUGGUAAAGGAGAAGUUGAAGUCUCAAACAAAGGAGAGCAUCAUGGAGAAGUACGGGAAUGCUGCCUCUGAAGAGCCACUUCCCAGGGAGCUUCUCCUUGGCCAAAGUGAGAGAGAGGUUGAAUACGAUCGUGCUGGUAGAAUAAUAAAGGGACAGGUAGAGUGUUCUUUACUUAUUUUUCUAUUAUUUAACGGGUGACGCAUGGCCCCUCGAAUUUUGGAUAUCCCCUUAAGUUUAGUAACUCCACAAAAACAUCACCUGAUUCUUGACAUUUUUCAGGAGGCGGCACUUCCCAAGAGCAAAUACGAGGAAGACGUGUUCAUAAAUAAUCACACUAGCAUUUGGGGUUCCUGGUGGAAGGAUCACCAGUGGGGUUACAAGUGCUGCAAACAAACAAUUCGCAAUAGCUAUUGCACUGGCUCAGCUGGUAUUGAGGCUGCUGAAGCUGCUGCGGAUCUGAUGAGGGCCAACAUGGCACGGAAAGAGGCAGCUGAUGGUAAGUGGAGAGAUCAUAGAUCAUCAGCUUCUGCACGUUUGAUCUUGCAAGCCUUCAACAUUGCUUUCGAUUUUCUGCUCUCUCCCCCCAUCAUCUUCCAACGCCGUAGAGAUUCCAACGUUCAUCACUUCAAUGCAGAUGAACCCGUUGCUAGAGAGGAGAAGCAGCUUGCUACUUGGGGAACUGAUGUCCCAGCUGACUUGGUGCUCGAUAAGAAGUUGCUUGCCGAAGCUCUAAAGAAGGUUGGCCCUCACUCUCUCUUCUUCCUCCUCCCUUUCCUCAGUGGACUGUAGUUGCUGACCCGUGCUCCUUUGUGUGCUUGAAGGAGGACGAGAGAAAGAAGGAGGAAAGGGACGAAAGGAAGCGGAAAUACAACGUGAAGUGGAACGACGAGGUACGCAAAUCUCGCAGCAUACCGCCGGAUUUUUCUCAUCGCCUGGUCUCUCACCCUCCUCCCUCCCUCAUUUUCUCACAGGUUACCGCCGAAGACAUGGAGGCGUACCGUAUGAAGAGGUCGCAUCACGAGGACCCGAUGAAAGACUUCCUCCACUAG